UCACUCUCACAUGUAACAUGUUCUCCGGUUUCUAAAAUUUAGUUAUUCUUUUCCCCAUUUGUUUCUUCUUUACUGAAACUGAAACUGAAACUUUUUGCUAUGAAUUCACAAAAUCAAAGCCUUCAUAAUAGCAAAAUACAUUGAUUCUCAACUGGGUUUCUUGGAUGCCAAAGUUCACUUCAUUGAUCAAUGAAGAGAAGAUGGAGCCAAUGAAGCUAAAGAUUAAAGAAAUGUUUGCUCCGGCCAAGAAGAGCAUUGUCGGUGGCGGAGUUAAAAUGAAUGUGGAAGACUUGGAAAUCACACCAGGAGGAAUGUUGGUUCAAAAAAGAGAUUCUGGUUCCAAUCAAACCCCAAUUUCAAUCCCCACCAUCAAAGUUACAGUCAAAUUUGGUUCUUCAUUUAGAGAGAUUCAUAUCAGUUCCACAGCAAGUUUUGGGGAAUUGAAAAAAAUGCUUUCAGAACAUACUGGAUUGCAUCAAGAGGAUCAGAAACUGAUAUACAAGAAGAAAGAAAGAGAUUCAAAAGAUUUUUUAGAUGUUGCAGGAGUGAAGAAUGGAUCAAAGCUUGUGUUAAUGGAGGACACAGCCAGCCGGGAGAGACGGUGCCUCGAGACCCUUAAAAAUGCCAAGCUUGAAAAGGCUUCAAAAUCUAUAACCCAAAUCAUGUCUGAAAUUGACAAACUAUCUGAACAGGUCACAGGUUUAGAAGCAACAGCUUCUUCUAGAGAUGGAAAAGUUUAUGAGAAGGAUGUGAAUAAUUUGAUUGAAUUGUUGAUGAGUAAAUAUGUUGUAUUGGAUGGUAUUGCUGUUAAGGGAGACCUGAAUUUGCAAAAGAGAAUUCAGGAAAGGAGAGUUCGAAUGUGUGUAGAAACUCUUGACAAGCUGAAUUCAAAUGGGAAAAUCCAAAUGCCAAAACCGAUGCGAAGGCCGGAGGCAGACCUGAACCAGAGGAACUUCACACAGCAAAUGGCAGUGCAGAUGCAGAGGCAGCAAUCUGGGCAGCUGGAGUCGGUUGUGGUUACGACAAAAUGGGAAACUUUUGAUUGAAAUGUGGUGAUUAUGUUGUUCAUUACAAAUCUGAAACUGGGAUUUCUUUAUAGUCUUUUUUGGUUUGUGUGUGAAGGUACAUAAUGUAUUUUCAUGCUUGUUUGUUUCAGUUUUACAAGAUUCUCAUUACUUGAUAGUGUCUGAAAUUCAGUCUGGUCAUUUUGAUUCAGAUUUUCUUUUGACGGAAUUGGUUCCUUGCCAAUAAUGUAUAGCAAAUAAGGAUAUGAAAUGAUAAUUGGGUGAGAACUGUUUUAUAUUUUC